AAAACUUUUAGUUCACCAGAGGCACAACGUUUUGCUGUAUCUUCUUAUAACUCUCAUCAUACAGGAUUUUUUUUUACGGUUGACCAUAGGAGACUAUGUAUGACGUGGUGGUGGUGGGGGCGGGGAUCGAGGGGUCAGCCACGGCAUACAACCUGGCCAAGAACGGACAGAAAACCCUGCUUCUGGAGCAGUUCCCUCUGCCUCACUCCCGUGGGAGCUCUCACGGUCAGAGUAGAAUCACCCGGGUGGCGUACGGGAAGGAUGACCAUUACGCUGUGAUGAUGAAAGAAGGCGGGAAACUGUGGCGUUCCCUGGAGCGCGAGUCAGGGACCUCUAUUUUCUUGAACUGCGGUUGUCUUGCAGUUGGUAAACCAGACUUUCACUUCAUCAAAGGAACGAUAGCCUCGCUGUCGCGGCACGGCAUAAGUCACGAUAUCCUGACCCCUGGGGACCUGAGGGACAGGUACCCGAUGUUGUCCCUGCCGCCAGAUUACGUGGGGGUGUUUGACUACAGUGGAGGGGUACUGAGGGCGGACAAAGCUCUCAGGGCAUUUCAGACUCUGUUCGUCCAGUAUGGAGGUGAGUUGAGAGACGGUGAAGAGGUGACAGGUAUCCUACCUGGUUCUGAAGUCACCAUUGUGACGUCACAGGGAGAAUACAGGGCCAGGAAGGUCGUCCUCACGCUGGGACCAUGGGCCCCCAAAUUUUUGCCCAAGCUCGGCAUCAAUUUACCUUUAAAGACAGUGUUGACCCUGGUGCUUUACUGGAAAGAAAAAAAUAAGGGAGAGUUUUCUGCAGAUCGCUUUCCGACGUACAAAAAUGUCCGAGAGAAUGUGGAGGUGUACGCCUUACCUAGCCUAGAGUAUCCGGGACACGUCCGGGUGUGUUACCAUGACGGCCCGGAGACUGACCCUGACAGUCGAGAUAUGGCGGACACGGGGCGGAUCCUGAGUACGAUGAAGAGUUACGUCAGGGAGCACCUGCCCAGUCUACAGGACACGCCCUCUAUCGUCGAACCCUGCAUGUACACGAACACACCAGACUUGCAGUUUGUUCUAGAUCGACAUCCUAGCCAUAGGAAUAUCAUACUAGGAGUAGGAUUUUCAGGGCACGGGUUUAAGUUAGCCCCGGUUGUGGGUAAGAUUCUGUGUGAGCUGGCCAUGGAUAAGACCCCAUCCUACGACCUCACCCCCUGCCGUGUAGACAGGUUCUUCAACCCAAAAGCCCGGAUGUAACCACCUGGAUCUACAAUCCUCCUCAAACUGGAACCCCCAGUGUCUCUUAUUUUCAUGUAUGAAGAAAAUAGAAUUUUGUUUUAUAUCAUUGUCAUAAAGCGGUUGUUAAACUCAACUUUCAAUGUUUAUGGUUCUAAACUCCAUCAGUCAUCAUAAUAGAUUAACAAAACUGUAAAAUGUUUGGGAUUUCUACACAAAUACUAUGGAAAAUAUAUAUUGAAGAUAUUGACGGUGACUGUCGUUCUGAAUCAGUCCCUACUUUACGACUGACAGAGGACUGUAAAUACUUGAACAUUUUUUGUUUACAUCAGGUGGCGGUUGUAAACACUUGGCCACUGUGUUUAAGGGUUCUCUGUACUUUAAAACAAUUACAAAAACUCAUGUUGUAUGCGGUGUAAUAUGUUUAGGAUAAUUGGUCCAGUUUACAUGUACAUAUGUCUGUGCAGCUAGUGACGUUUACAGGUAAUGAGGUCAGUACUGAAUGAAUGGGCGUGCAGUAUUGACAUGCAUGCAGGGUCAUGACCUUAGUAGAGAAAACACAACGAUCAUGUCAACCAAGAUAGUAUAUCAUGGGUCUGUGUUGUCGAUUUGAUCUCGCCCUUUGUUGCUGGUAUGCAAUAGUAUGUCCUACAUAGAACAGCUGACUGGUUAUCCAGUAGACACGGCCCUAUUGUUAUCCCCUUACCUGCUGUUAACACUCAUUUUAUAGCAGCUGCUGGAGGUCUUAUAAUACAUGGAAACAGCCGCAGUGUAUGGAAAACAGCCAUAUACCUCAGUCUUUUACGAUAUCAUUAUCAAAUUAAUGCAGUGUAGAUUAAGGGCACUGUGUAGAGGAUUAAGGAGGACAGGGAUAGACAGAAGAAAGAUAAUCUUUCGUCCUGUAAGACCCAUUGAAUCUUAUUUUCCCGUAGACUCACGGUUUUGAUCGCGGCGACUCAGAACAAAUCAUUGCCAGGGACAGGGAGGACUUUUCUUGAUCUCUAUAACAAAAAAAAUCCAAUCUACUUAAUUUGAUUCCGCGCUGGUUUACAAACUUUUUAUCUUGUGUCUGUACAUAUUUAUUUUAGGUCAUCAACUAUCCUGACAUAUAAGUGGUCGCUGUGUAUCAACUUGAUAUAAAUUAAAUACAGUCGCACCCCCAAUUCUUCACAAUAUGUGUGUAUACUUAAAUGUGAAAUAAAGGGGUAAAAUACA